CCACUCUCAGCUGAUAGUGCCAUCAUAUAGUAACGCAUUUACAAGAUGGCAAAUACGGCAUUUACGAAGCGCGUCCUACUUACAAUAUCUCUGUUUUUACGUGAAAAGAACUAAGUAUUUCGGGGACUUAGCAUUAGAAUGUGUCGCUAUACAUAAUUUACUCAUUCAUUGUAAUAAUCUGUGACAAAAAAGACGCUUAUACGAGAAAAUAAUUGAAUUUACACCAGAAACGGUCCAAAGUAAUAAACGAUAAAACGUGUUUGUGAACGCCAAACAAGUGGACAAAGUAAAAUUUCAGAAAUUUCAAGUGAAAAAAAAUUGUUUUUCUGAAAAAUAAGUUUAAAAAAUGAAUCGGUCCCGUGUAUACGUUGGUGGCUUGCCGUACGGUGUUCGGGAACGUGAUUUAGAGCGAUUUUUCAAGGGAUAUGGUCGUACAAGGGAAAUAUUCAUUAAAAACGGCUACGCGUUCGUUGAAUUCGAGAAUUAUCGCGAUGCUGACGAUGCUGUAUAUGAAUUGAAUGGAAAAAAAUUGCUUGGCGAAAGGGUUCGUGUAGAGCCCACUCGUGGAUUACCUCGCAGUAAUCGACGAUAUGAUGGCGACCGAUACGAGGGUCGUGGACGCGGUGGUGGAGGCGGUCGUUACGGCAAUGACAACAGAUCUUCAUCCAGAUAUUACGGACCGGCAUUUAGCACCGAAUUUCGUGUGAUUGUGAAAAAUUUGUCCAGCCGUGUUGAUUGGAAAGAUCUUAAAGAUUAUAUGCGUCAAGUCGGUGAGGUUACAUAUGCUGACGCACAUAAGCAGCGCCGUAACGAGGGUAUCGUAGAAUUUGCAUCCGUUUCGGACAUGAAAAAAGCCAUUGAGAAACUGGAUGAUACGGAGCUGAGUGGGCGUCGCAUACAAUUAAUUGAAGACUAUCAUGGAGGACGCAGUGGCGGUGCAAGUCGGGGAGCCGGCCGUCAUUCACGUUCACGUAGCUCGAGCCGCUCCAAGUCACGUAGCCGCUCUAAUCAACGUGGUGGGAAUCGCAGCAAAUCCAAAUCUCCAGCAGCAAGCCGAUCCAAAUCGCGCAGCCGAUCCAACCCGCGUGGUGGUCGGUCGCGAUCCCGAUCGAAUCAACGCAACAACCCAUUCAAAUCAACAUCAAAAUCUCGUUCACGGUCAAAGUCCCGAUCGAGCCGUUCGCGUUCCCGCUCGGCGGUCAGCCGCUCCCGUUCCAAGUCGGAGAGUCGUUCGCGAUCUCGCGACCAUUCAACAUCCAAGUCCAAACGACGUGAAUCCAAAUCGGUCUCACCAAAAAACAAUGGGGAUUCGCCCAGCAGACACGAGAGCAUGGAGGAUUAGAAUUUUUUAUUCACAGAAUUGUGUUGAGUAUUUUUUGAUUCUCCUCCCCAAAAAACAAACAAAAAGAAACGAAAAAUUUUCGUCAAAUUUAAUAUGUUCUUUCUAUCCUUUAUUUUUUCCAAAAUUUCCAAAAUUUCCAAAAUUUAUUGUUUUUUGAUUGACCAAAAAAAAAAAUUGCUGAAAAAUUAGAAUUUUCAAUUCAUAAUUUUCCUAACAUAUUGUACAUUGAGCGCAAAUGUUCAUUUUUUUUAAUGAAAAAUAUUGUAAUUUAACAGCUGAAAUUUAAGGAUUCAAAUAAAUCAAGAUAAUGGAAAA